CCACAGCCGCCCGCCAUGGCAAAGCGCACGAAGAAGGUUGGCAUUGUGGGCAAGUAUGGCACGCGGUACGGCGCGUCCCUGCGUAAGAUGGUGAAGAAAAUCUAGAUCAGCCAGCACGCCAAGUACACGUGCUCCUUCUGCGGCAAGACCAAGAUGAAGAGGAGGGUGGUGGGCAUCUGGCACUGCGGCUCGUGCACGAAGACCGUGGCAGGAGGUGCAUGGACCUACAACACGACCUCGGCUGUCACAGUGAGGUCUGCCAUCCGCCUGCGUGAGCUGAAGGACCAGCGAGGGACCCUUCCCACACUGCUCACACCACCGUCCUAACACACCAGGG